GUGUUUCCUUCCCCUCUCCCCCCUUUCUCAUCUCGCGGUUCUUCUCCAAAUCUCGGAGAGUUUUGAUCAGAAACUUCACGUCGCUUCCAUGACGCGUGCAGUGCAUGAGAUCGGCAUGGCCAACUCAACUAGCUAGGACGGACGACACGGAGAAGAAAACAGAUCGCGCCAACACGCAUAAGAUGGAAAAAAGUGUAUGGAUAGAUAGAUAGAUACUCGUCACACCGCAUGCGCACUUGCGCAGCAUCUGCUCCUGAAUUCCUCCGUUCCUGAACCAGUAGAUCAUUUUGUUUAACAGCAGGGUGCAGGGCCCGUUUCUGUUGCUCGGCACCCGUCCCAUCCCACCCACCUGCUCACGACGACAGGCCAGCACGACACGGAGGGAGGAAGUAGCCAGGCCACCUCGCCUCGCCUCUACUCUCCCGCGGUCCCGCCCCAUACCAUGUCCGACUACAACCGCUACGGCCACAGCUACAGCUACGGCGGCGGGUACGGCCAAGGGCCAGCGCCCUCGGCCCCGCCGGCACCGCACAUGCCCACCGCUACAUCCGCCGCCCCGCCCUCCUCCUCCUCAUACGGCGCGUACGCCGGGUACCCGCCCGCCUACCCUCCGCCGCCCUCGCAGGCGGCGGGCGGAUUCGGUCCCGCUGGCUCCGGCUACGGCUUCGUCCCCGUCGCGUUCCCGCCGGGGACGCACCCGGACGUCGAGCGCGCCUUCCGGGCCGCCGACCGCGACUGCAGCGGCGCCAUCGACGAGCGCGAGCUGCAGGGAGCGCUCUCCUCCGCCUACCACCGCUUCAGCGUCCGCACCGUUCGCCUCCUCAUGUUCCUCUUCAACGACCCCUCCUCCUCCACGCCGUCACGGAUGGGGCCAACACAGUUCGUAUCCCUCUGGGAUUGCCUUGGGCAAUGGCGGGGAAUUUUUGACAGGUACGACAGGGACCGGAGCGGCAAAAUCGACUCCCGUGAGCUGACCGAGGCUCUCCGGAGCCUUGGAUAUGCUGUUCCACCUUCUGUCAUCGAGCUUCUUAUAGCGAAUUACAGCAAUGGUGUGCCCAGCAAUGGCGCGCUAGACUUUGACAACUUUGUGGAAUGUGGGAUGAUUGUGAAGGGUUUAACCGAGAAAUUCAAGGAGAAGGAUACGCGCUACACCGGCUCGGCUACUCUUACAUACGAUGGUUUCUUGUCAAUGGUGAUCCCCUUCAUCGUCCCUUAGCUGUGCUGUAUGUAGUUCGGUAACUUGAUAGUAGUCAUCAACCAUGGUUCUAGUAGGAGUGCUCUCCCCUAGUCUGUGCGAAAGGUUUUUUUUUUCUCUUCUUCGUUUCUGAGUCUUGUCUACCUUGUUCGUUUUGUACAUUAAUAACCUCGAUUUGUUUGUUUCAUGGGAUUUACAUCGUUUUGGACUAUGAAAUCUUCCAAGGAUUGAAAGUCAUAUGCCAUCCUUC